UUUCGGCCUCAGAAACGCAAUACAAUUAAUAGCAGGUAUAUUUUCAUUACAGCAAACGACAUAAAUUGGUAAUAUUAGGGUGAAAUUGAUGACUGGCGAUGUUCUCCCUCCUGCGGUAUUACGUCUAAUUAUCUCUACGACUCAUUUUAUUUACUCCCAUUAUCUACUUGAAGCCAACAGCUCGGCUCUCAGGCUUGAAGAAUAAAACUGCGUAGUUCAACAUCUUUUUGUUCAGUCGAACAUUCAACGAUCUCGACUGCUGUAUCUUGCAAAUUAUUUCAUAACGAUAAUAAUUAUGGACAAUAAAGAAGAGCAAAUAUCAGGUAACGAUGAUGGGUCUCCUAAUUCACAAGGAGUUAAUCGUCCUCAGGGUCUUAAUGGUGUUAUUCAGAUGCCAAUUCAGCAACAACAGCAAACUCAUAUGGUAAAUCAAGCACGAGGUCAGAGUCCUUGUCCAUAUCAACGAUUUGAUCAUGGAGGAAUUGCAGGUCCUGAUCAAAGUGGUCCAAGAAUGCAAGCACCACCAAACAUGCAAAAUAUUCCAAACACGGGUCAAAUGGGUGUUUCAAGUCCUCAUGGAGAUGUAUUGCCUGGCAAUCCUGUUCAAGGUUUAAGCGGUCCAAUUGGUGUUAGUAACUCCAUGAGCAAUAACAACGAAAUAACCCAGCAGCUUCAACAGCCUACUCCAAGUCCUGCUCAACCACAGUCUGGGGCACCAACAGGUGGUCAACCGGAUCCUCAACAAGCAACCCAGGGACCAGUAGCUGGAGGAAGUACGCAAUCUGGUUCUACAUCUUCUACUCAUGAUCCAGAUCACCAUAAACUAAUCCAGCAGCAGCUCGUACUUCUACUCCAUGCCCACAAAUGCCAGUUACGAGAGCGACAGGCCAAUGGUGAAGCACGGAUAUGUUCUCUGCCACACUGCAUAACUAUAAAAAAUGUUUUGACUCACAUGACGACCUGCGAAGAGGGCAAAGAAUGUACGAUACCACAUUGCAGUUCAUCCAGACAAAUUAUUACUCAUUGGAAACAGUGUCAAAAAAGCGACUGUCCUGUUUGCUUACCUAUCAAACAAGCGGAUAAAAACAAGUCUGCUAUUUCUCGUGCUGAUGUGACAGCAAAUCAACCUCUUGACACUAUGGGUAUAACACAGGGUCAAAACAAUACAGCUGGUAUUUUAUCAAAUGAGGCAGUGGGUCAUGAUGUCAGAAUGCCUGGACCGGGUAUGCAAGGUCAUCUUGGUUCAAUGACUGCAGGAAUAAGACUUGCACAGUCUCAAGCUGAACAAAGUCCAGGCCAAUCCGUAGGUAUUCAAGGACAUCCAAUCGCACCUAAUGUACCUCUUCCAUUAAGUUCCGAUCCAACGACUGUAGUCGUAAGUACUAAUCAACCAGCUUCAACGACGGGUCCAACGUCGGUUGUAUGCAGUAUGCAUCAAUUAUUUGGUCUUAAUGACUCAAGUCAACCUGCUCAAAUAGCAGCUUCACCAGUACUAGGUACUAAACAAUGGCAUCGGUCUGUGACGCCAGAUUUCAGAAAUUUUCUCGUUCAUAUAUUUGUUCAAGCAAUAAUUCCAGGUCCUAAUCCACAAGUCAUCUUCGAUAAAAGAUUACAUACUAUAGUGGCGUAUGCGAGAAAAGUUGAAGGUGACAUGUAUGAAAUGGCUAAUUCAAGAUCUGAAUAUUAUUAUUUAUUGGGGAAAAAAAUACGUAAAAUUCAAAAAGAACUUGAAGAGAAACGUCAAAAACGUAAAGAAAUGCAACUUGCGGUAAAUUCUAGAUUAUAAGCUAUUGCAUUUCCACAAGUUGUUCCAGCUGCUGUACCUACUCACAGAGUAGCGCUUCUUACUUUGAGAAGUCUUUCACCGGGAAUGGAUCAAGUACGUACCAUUUAAGGAUUAGCAAUGCAACAUAAUGGUAUGCUUUUUCCUCAACAACAGCAGCCGCAGCCAAAGCAUCAACAACAACAACAACUUGGUUCACCAAUACCAAAUGCCGUUUUAACGAUUCCUCAAAUUCCAUCACCCUUCAAUCGUUUACUACAGCAAAUUUAUCAACAACAAUUAAUCAACGACAUACCCUAAUCAGAUAUUAGGUUUUUAUCUUACCAAUUACUCGUAGUAGCACUAGUGUGAUUUGAGAAUUAAUUAAAAAAAAAAAAUCUGACAAACUUUGAGCUCAUUAAUAU